GCUUGACGGACUACAUGACGACUUCAUCUCUGCCUCAGCUGAAGACCGAACCGACGCAGCUGGAUUUGCUUUAACUAUCAUCAUUGAAGCGACAACAUUGGACUUUUCUAUCACCAUAAAUUCGAAAGCAACAUUUUUCGCAGAGUUAAUUAAAACUUUUAGGAUUAGUGCAAUAACUGUCAAUUUAUCGUAAACACAAAAAAAGACUAGAGAGGCAGAGAAGCAAAAAAAAAAAAAAAAAAAAAAAAAAAAAAAAAAACAUAACCGGCAAACAAAGAGGUCCCUUUUCAACGCCAACAUUUUUCCUCCAUAUUCAAUAGUUAUGAGUCAUGUGGCCGUCGAAAGUGCCCACGGUCUAGAGCAGCAGCUCGCUGUCCUAGAUCUGAGUGCUCCAGAUGGACAAGGAGGAGGUACUAACAGACGAUACAUUCCUCCACAUUUACGAAACAAAGAUGCAGCCAAGAAUGUGGGAAACGCCUUCGCAGCUGGACGGCAGGGGGCCUACACCAUAGCACCUGCAGCUAACUACGGUUGGGAUGCGAGCCGCAAUAACUUUGUUAACGGCUACCAUGAUAACCGCCUGGCUGGCAACACCUUCAACCGUGGCCCACCUCGCAUGGAGCGGGGCCGCGGGGGUGUCGGAGGAGGCGGUUACCGUGGCAACAGGGGYGGUGCCUUCAACCCCAUCAACCCAGCGCAGCCUAUGAGCUUUGACACGGGCGGCUGGAACACUGCCAAGGAUGCCUAUAGCAGCUUCGGCAACAACCGAGGGAAGUCUGCGUUCUUCAAUAAUAGAGACAGUGCUAACAGAGGAAGGUUCGAGCAUGGUGGGUUUGGUGGCGGCGGUGGAGGAAACAGCCGCUGGGUGGAAGAGCCCAGAGACGAUGGCGACUGGUCCAAACCUCUGCCGCGAAAUGAGCGCCUUGAACAUGAGUUGUUCUCCGGCAGUAACACUGGGAUUAAUUUUGAGAAAUACGACGACAUUCCUGUUGAAGCUACGGGACAGAACUGUCCUCACCACAUCGAGAGUUUCCAAGAUGUGGACAUGGGAGAGAUUAUCAUGGGUAACAUCGCUCUGAGCCGCUACACCAGGCCAACCCCUGUCCAGAAAUAUGCCAUUCCUAUAGUGAAGUCCAAGAGAGACCUCAUGGCCUGUGCACAGACAGGUUCCGGAAAGACGGCAGCAUUCCUGCUUCCAAUUCUCAGCCAGAUCUACACCGAUGGACCAGGAGAAGCUCUUAAUGCAGCCAAAGCYUCCGGACAGGAGAAUGGGAAGUAUGGGCGCCGUAAGCAGUACCCCAUUGCUCUGGUCCUGGCUCCAACCAGAGAACUGGCCCUGCAGAUAUACGAUGAGGCCAGGAAGUUUUCCUACCGCUCCAGAGUGCGUCCUUGUGUUGUUUAUGGAGGCGCCGACAUCGGGCAGCAGAUCAGAGACCUGGAGAGAGGCUGCCACCUGCUGGUGGCCACGCCUGGAAGACUGGUGGACAUGAUGGAGAGGGGCAAGAUCGGACUAGACUACUGCAAGUACCUGGUCCUGGACGAGGCAGAUCGCAUGUUGGACAUGGGCUUUGAACCACAGAUCAGACGCAUUGUGGAACAGGACACCAUGCCUCACAAAGGCAUCAGACAGACCUUGAUGUUCAGCGCUACGUUUCCUAAAGAGAUCCAGAUCUUAGCAAGGGAUUUUCUGGAGGACUACAUCUUCCUGGCUGUUGGCAGGGUGGGUUCCACCUCAGAGAAYAUCACCCAGAAAGUGGUUUGGGUUGAAGAGAGCGACAAGCGGUCGUUCCUCCUGGAUCUGCUCAGCGCCACAGUCAUCCCCAACGAGGUACAGGACAGUACUGGAGACAACAUAGAGAAACCUGGGAAGGACUCAUUGACCCUGGUUUUCGUCGAGACUAAGAAAGGAGCAGAUGCUUUGGAGGACUUCCUGUACCGAGAAGGCUAUGCCUGCACCAGUAUCCAUGGGGACCGUUCCCAGAGAGACCGGGAGGAGGCUCUGAGCCAGUUCAGAUCAGGAAAAUGUCCCAUCCUGGUUGCUACAGCGGUUGCAGCACGAGGUUUGGACAUCUCCAAUGUGAAACACGUGAUUAACUUUGACCUGCCAAGUGACAUAGAGGAGUACGUCCAUCGUAUCGGACGUACAGGACGAGUUGGAAACCUGGGACUGGCAACAUCCUUCUUCAAUGAUAAAAACGGGAACAUCACUAAAGACCUGCUGGACAUCCUAGUAGAAGCUAAACAGGAAGUUCCCUCGUGGCUGGAGAGCCUGGCUUAUGAACACCAGCACAAGAGUAGCAACAGAGGACGCUCUAAGAGGUUCUCCGGUGGUUUUGGAGCACGUGAUUAUCGUCAGACUGCAGCUGUAGGAAAUGCAGGAGGGUUCGGGGGACGUGGAGGACGCAACCAGACGGGACAUGGAGGAAACCGAGGCUUUGGCGGAGGUGGUUUUGGCAACUUUUACACAAGCGACGGCUACGGUGGCAACUACUCACACUCUCAAGUUGACUGGUGGGGCAACUAGAUGUCUCCAUUAACUCAUUUUUCUUUCCCCCUUCAACCUCCCCUUCCAUCAUUUCUCCACACUGUCACCUGCAUCCCAUCUGUCUCGUCACCUCCAUUACCCCUGGACCCUACAUGCAUGUUAUUAAACUAUUUAUACUCAUUUAUAUAUCCCUCCCUUCUAUCUCCAACCAGUCAUACCUUUUUUAUUAGCUUUAGAGUUUUCUUGUGCUUCUUCUCGUUUCUUGUCUCCUAACGUCUUGAUCUGAUCUCUUAGCGGUAAGCCACUUUUUACAGAGGGAUUCUUGACUUUUAACUGGUUACGUUUCAACGCUGAACAAGAGAUUUGUCUCAGCGUCCAGCAGGAAACGGAUCAUUUUCACUUAGUGACUAUCAUCCAGAAGGGGGAAAAUAAAACCAACUAAGGUUCAAGGUGUGCUCAAAGCCCAUAAAAUAGAAUGUGUUCACAAAUGCGUGGAUUUCUAUAAAACAGCUGUAAAAAGAGCAAACUCUUCCUUCCAUCUCACCACUUAACACGUGUGGUUUUUUUUGUCUGCAUUUAUCCAUUAACCAGUCAAACUCCCUGUGUAACUUCACCAUCAUCUGUGUAUUCAGUGCAUGGCCAUGUUGUAAAUUACCGGCCAAGAACUUUUCUAGAAUAUAAAGAAAGGCAAGAUGUCGGAAGCGAAAUGUGUCUGCAGAAAUUUGAAUAUGGUGAACUCGCUGACAUCUCCUUUAUUUAUAUGAUUGAUACAUGAAAGGGGGGAGGGGGGGUCACUCAGUCAGCAGUUUGUUUUACCCUUUUUAAAACAAGAUUUAAGUUACUGAGAUCUGACAAAGAAAAACAAGAAGGGGCUGGACGAAGUGAAAAACCCCACCAGUGGAAGGUCAGACGUUAUUACCCACUAACGCUGAAACUAAUGAGCAGUUUAAAGACUUCACCUUUGUUACCAACAUUAUGAAGUUGUUUCUGUACUGUGCCUUUAAGAAUUUGAACUUUGUCUUUUUUUUUAAAUCACUAAUGCAUAACUGGCUACAAGUAUAGGCCAAGGGUUACCAAAAAUAUUGUAUAUUUGAAGUCGUGGGUUUUGAACAUGUUUUUUUUUUUUUUUUGCUCCCAUUUGGAAGGAAAUAAACUAGGAUUGAGCUAAAUCAAACCUUGGCAAAAUCAAAAACUACAGAAAAAAGUCUGAGGAAACUCAAAGUAAAUCCUCAUUUCCUCAGAGUUAAYCAGAUGAGCUACUUCCUCUCAGCAUAUAACCACUGAAAAAAACACAUGCAUGGUUGAUUUAAUUGGAAAUUCUGCUGCAUUUAAUGUGGAAAAUGCAGAGAAAACGUGGUUUUAUGCUCUCGGGGAAACAGUUUUGCUCAUUUGACCUGCGUAACACCUACAGCUCUGUUCUGAGCUGGCGGUUUGGUUUCACAAAGCACUGUUGCUCUAAGUGACACUUGCGUAGCAGCGGCCAUGUUUCCUUUAAUUUCCCUUCUUACUGUAAACAGAAACGGCUCUUUUACAUUUCAUCGCUUUGUGUUGAGUCGAUGGGGGAGGGGAGCACAUCUCAUCUUCACGUGAUGAAGCCGUUUCUGAAUAUUAAAGUGUAUUAUUUCAUUGUAUAGGUUUUAAACACUACAUGUCUGCUGCUGUAAAGAACAAGAGUCACAGAACCCGGCUGGGUUUCGUGCCCUUUUUAUGAAACUCUUAGUGCCACACUGCUCUCAGGAAACCUGACCUGCUUCCACCUCAAACCUUGUUUGUCAAAAUCUUCUCGUAAAGGAGAUAUACAACUUUUAAAAAGAUUAAAAAAUAAAGUUAUGCUCACUCUAUCCUGGAGAGUUAAACAAGGAGCCUUAUCUAAUAUAAUCUCUGGUCCCUUAGAUCUGUUGAGGUCUGAGUGAAAAGUAAAAAAAUAAAAUGAGCCUUAUUCAUUUACAGCGAUAACUGGGGCUUCCCAAGGAUGCAAUGCCACAUAUUCCGAGCACAUUUUAGCUAAAAACUGUGGCCACUGUGAUCAAGCACAAACUGUUUUCUUCGUUUUGUUUGUUUUUAGUUCCAAAUUUGGACAUUUCUCACUCACAAACCAAAGAGGUUGUUUUUCUGUUGGYGGAUGCUUUUCUUGUCAGGUUUAUAACGAAGUCGCCAUUUAUGGUUUUAUGUUUUUUACCCACUCGUGGUCUUGCCAUCAGCUGGCAAGACGUUUAAGAACGCUCUUAAAUACGUUGCGCUCUUAUUUAAACAGGAAGCACUGGCAGCUACUUCUUCCCAAUCAGCCUCAUCCAGUGGGCCUGUGUGUAUUAAACUGGUUCGAACGAAUAAAYGCACAACGUAGUUUGGAUCAUAAAACUGAAAGAGUCAGCUAAACUGUGCUGGUGGAAAAGUGGCAUAUCAGAGCCGAUAGUAACGAUCCCUGGUUAGCCCCGUUUUGGCUCGGAUGUGGGAAAAGAGACCUCAAGGGGGGGGCAGCCGACCUGUGCCAGGAUUUCUAUGUUCCAACCCUGAUUGAACUCGUGAAGAGAACUCCAAUCUAUAUUAAGACGUCGGUCCGAUUCCCCACUGAGCAACUAAAUGUUGUUAGCUAGUGGGGAAAACUCUUCAUUUUUUUAUUCGAUUUAAUGUAAAUAUUCAAAAUUGUCUUCAACAGAAAAGCAAUUUGCAGAAAAAAUGAAUGUCAAAUACUUGAAUAAAAAUAAUAAAGUUCGAUCACUCGGCACGGACCAGGUCUGGUUAGCUUUGUUCAGUGGGAAAUUUGAGCUUGGUUUCCAAACAAGUGAUGAUGAUAAUUCUCAAAUCACCCACUGAGUCUGACAAAUAACAAAGCUGGACCAAGACAAUAAAACAUAUGCAAGUGUUGUUGUUUUUUGGUCAAGUAGGUAAAAUUGCAAAGCUGAUUGACAUAGCAGGCUUUAGUAAUAACUGUCAACUUUAUUUUUUGUGUGCGUGUUUCGUUUGACUUAUCAAAAUUGUCAAGUCUUUUUUUCAAUUUAUUUUUUUUUAAGAUCCAGUUCCCUCAAGUACAUUCUGAAAGGAGGGUAGGAAAAUUGUUGGCUACGUUGCAGUUUUUUUUUGUAAAACCACAUGCAAAAAGAUGCAAAUCUCUAAACUUGAUGAUUCAUGUUACAGUAGUUUUUUGUUUUAGUUGAGGUAAUUAAAAAAAACUUGACUUACUGACGAUGCUAGGCUUACAGAUAGCUGUGACAGGAUCAAACAUCACACUCCACUGUGUCUCAAUCGUUGCUUCUUAUAUCUAUUUAUAAAUACUCCACUUAUCCACUAGUAUGGAUAUCCCACCCCCCAAAAARCAAUAUGUGCAUCAGCAGUCAGAUAAAAUUGGUCUCUUAAUUUGGGCGUGACUGAAUUAGAGGUGCUUUAACUGAUCAUUUUUGCAUAUUUUGGCAAAAAAUAAGUAUUUUAUCUCUGUGGGCUUGUUAUAAAAACUCYAUUUUAUUUCCUCCUGCAGCAAUGGUGGAUAGUCUCCAUCUGAGMUUUCUUACAUUUACGAACAAAUAACCAGCAGGGAGAUAAAAACUGUAAAAGGACAUGAAGUUGCAAAUGACAAUCAGUUAUGAAGGAUAAAGCUUAGGUUAACAUUUAAUUUGCAUUGAAACCAAAUUCUUUUUUUAAACAGCUUUCUGGUCAUCUUUUCACAUAAAACAUUUUGUCAAGCAGCCAUCAAAUCUGCAUCUCCAACCGUUGUCUUCCAGAGCUGAAAACGUGAUUGUAGAAAUGCUGAUAAAUGUGAAACUAAAGUUUUGGAUAAUGUUCAUCCUCGUUUUGUUGAUGUCCUCAGAGCUACGUACCAUUAGGCUUUAGUAAGGUUUUUUAUUAUUAGAAAUAUAGCUUCUACAUCUAGAUACUGAUUGAGUUAAGAGUUUCUGAUGGCUGCCUGAACUCUCAGCUUGCACUGUUGACUGAGGUUGAGAGGUUCUGUUUAGCAUUUGUUACUUGAAUUGGUAGCUGCCGCCGCAUCCAACCACAGAUUUGUCGCGAAGCUACUUGAGUCGUUGUGUUUUAGUCUAGAUAGUUUGAUCAUUUAAACACUCAUUAGAAAGCUCUACAAUAAAUCUGGUGCAUGUUGUGGAGAAAGCCGUGCCUUCACAAAACCACUAGGGGCAAUGAAAAAAGCAAGCACACUGUUGGCUGCUGUUUGUGUUUGUAGUUUUUAAAAUAACUGAAAGUUAAACGUAAGCUUAUAUACUAGUAGGUAGGUCACUACUUUUAACCAGAAGCCGGAUAUUCAACCUGUUUUGGCAUUUUAAGUGGUUUUUUUUGUUAUAAUGACCAAAAUAUCCCAACUUAGAGCAGUACUUAGUACAACUGUACUCUCUUCCUUCAAUAUGUGUCUGGGCACUGAAUUUCUACCAAAGUGAAAUAAAGUUUAGUUGACUAGUGAUUUUGUGCACAUGAUGAUUUUCUUCUCACAUUUUGACAAGCAGAUAUUCGUAUCGAAACAAUCAGCUUGUUAGCAUGUUAGUGUGCUAGUUGUUUGCUAUUAGCAUGCUAAYGGGUUAAUGAACCGAUUGGUCUGAACUGGUUAAAUGUAGAAGGUGUGCACAGUGCCUUGUAGUGACAGAAUUACUAAUUCAUCAAAGACUGACAUGUACGUUGGUCAGAGCUGAGUAUUUUUCAGUUGGAUAUGAAAAAUCUAAACUUUAAAUGUACAAGUGUUAACGUUAAUGCAUCACAUGGUGGUAGGGUAGGUAUGAACGUAGUAUCUCUGAAUGUGACUGAUUUGACUACCUCAGCUUAUGAUCAUAAAAACAUAAGUCAUCCUCUGCAACGAUCAUUGCCCAAAUUUUCUGUUUCAAGAAAAUAAAAAAACCUAAAAUUCCUUUUACCUCAUUUUAAAAGUUCAGUAGUUGUAGUUUUUGUCCUGUCAAGCUGUCGACGUGUAAGGCAAUGCUAGACCGAUGUCCUGGCCUUCUCUUGUUGCAGGAGCUGCCGUGUCGUAGUUUUGUAUCUGCUCGCUAGAGGCAUGGGGAUUUAAGUCCCGCCUUCUCCCCCCUCGCACACAAUCACGGUGAACUGAAAACUAGUUGUGGAACCAUUUGGUAGGGAACUCCCGCAACCUGUCCAGUUACAGCUUCUGUGUUUGCGUACGGUGUCUGGUAAAUCAUUGUGCGUCAAAGUGUCGAGCUAGUCAGAAUGAUCAUARAAAAUAAAAUGUUUACACCAUCUACAACUUGCGGCGCAACCUAUUUCAUACAGAAGUUGGGCACAUUUUAACUCAUUCUUUAUUUUGUGCCAUUAAUGUAACAUUUUCAUUCAAAUUCCUUAUUAUUUAAACCACAUUGGUUUCUUUUGUCCAAACGCUUUGGCUUCAACUGCGGUCAGUAAAAGGCAUGACUAUUUAAUGAUAAACACGCUCAACAUUAAAUUAAAAACCUUCCAAGCCUCUGCCUGCUGAUUUGGAAAUGCUAACAUGCUAGUAGCAAACCAUUCCCUGCAUGUUAACGUCAGCUCAUUGUGAUUUUGUUAGCUAUGCAGAAUCUUUAGCGGAUCUGUUGUAUUUCCACUCUGAGAGUGCCUGUGAUAUAAAUCUAGCUAAUUUGCCUGGACCGCGUAGAGCACGCUCUGUUCAUUGCAUCUGACAAAAACUCAGCUCUCCUUUACCAAACCCAGCACUUUAGUUUGGAUUUUAAAACCCAUUGAUGCCUUAAAUUUAGUGGCGAUACCCAGCCCAGGUGGAGCAGAGAGCUAAAUUGUUGCUGCAUGCAGCCGAAUGAGGCUGACGAUUUUUGUGAUUCUGUGGUCAGUAAGUUGUUGAAGAGAACAAUUAAUGGUGCUAUGCUCCCAUUGCUGCGGCCCGCAGGCCUUUUUUUCUGUUGUUAAACAACUUCAAAUCCCAAGAAAGUUUAGCGGAAGAUAGUUUAAAGCUUGUUUACAUUGACUCUUAUGUAGCACACGUCUUUCACCUCUGAGAGGUUUUUAUGUCUGAAGGUGACUGCAGUGUAGCACAGCCACGUGUCAAAAAGAGAGGUUUGCUCAUAGUGUAAUGUGGUUAUUGUGUGUGUGUGUGUGUGUGUGUUGUACAAAAAGGUUCUUCUAGAUAUAAAAUUUAUUUUUUAAUUAUUUUAUUAUUUAAAUUUUUUGGGACCAGGUGGAGUUCUCAUUACCAGCAACUGUAGGAUUUAGCUGUUUGCACUCAAGAGUUCUCGAGUCUACUUUUUCGCUGCUAGUUUGUGUAAUUUAUCGAGCAUUUUUUGGGAAAUAUUUAUUUUUAUAAGCCUAAUACAAAAGUUGAUCUUUUACAAAGUGACUUGACCAAAAGACAGUAAACAAAAACACUGGCACUUGAAUGUUGAAUGUCAUUGGUAUGAGUGAAGAAAAAAAAUCUAUUUUCCUGGGGUAGUGUGAGCUUUUUUUGUAAUGUUAAAGAUGCAAAAAUUGGGAGGGUGUGUGGGGUGGCUUCACUUCUAUUAUGUCACAGUAUGCCGAUGUGUUCAGUUCUGCUUUURCUGGUGCCAAAAAUCACCUGUUUGUCAGAAAUAAAAUUGUGUACACAUCUUUCCAUCGGUCCCAAUAGUUCUUACAAACACUGGUUUGUCUUCGAUUCCAUUUUUACCCAACGAAAACCAAAUCCUGAACACUUGUCCUAAAAAGAAGUGCUGCUAAAAGAAGACCAUUUGAACUAAUCCAGAUUAGGAUGUUUCAGUUGGCACAGAAGCUUACAGGUAUUCUCAGGAUUAGAGUUUUGUUUGAAGCUCUUAUUUCUAUAAAGCAAUUUUGAAACUAUUUGGCUAAAACCAAUUUAUUUUGGUAAAAUGUGAGAAUCUCCAAUUUUUUUUCCCCACUUAUGGUUGGGAACACCUAGAAUUUUUUUAAAGCAUUAACGUUCUUACUUUUGUAGUAAGUUAGUUUUGAUGCUUUGGAAAAUAACAGCCAUAAACACCUACAAAAGACAAAUAUUGCUUCAUCGCUGAUAUUAUUUGUCUGUUUUGUGUAACAAUUUGCCUGUAAAGCUGAAGGUGAAGCUGUGACAUAUGAAGUGAAUUGCCUUACCCCCCCACACGUUACCUUUUUAAAGUCACAUUUAUGAUCCAUAAAACCUGUUCGGGCGACAAAUUCUGUCGCCAAUAAUAAGUUACAAUCGUCCACGAUAGCGAUUUAUAAUUGGCAAAUGAAUUUGAAAAAUUACCAGAUAUGCCAAGGUUUGGAUUAAAAAAUUGUUAUGAUCAAAGAGCAUUUUAUAAAAAAUAAAAAAGUAACACGCAGUACAAAACAACAAAAAAAAAACCUUAUCCAGAUUCUCCCAGAGUCAGUUUUAUAUUUUAUUUUAUUUUUUUCCCAGUCUUUACACGUUCCUUCUUGUUAAAACCCUUGUUGUGAAUGUCUGGCAAGUGGCCGUCUUUAAAAAGUCUUCAUCACGCAGAAUUAACCGUGGUUCUAUUGCUGUUGUUGUGAUUUGCAAAUUUUCAGGCGAUGGUGUGUUAAUGCUAUCACAGGGAAGUUUCUGGCCAGUCAGAACUUUUUUUUUUCUUUGAGCAGACACUUUAGGGAAACUAAUUGCACAAAUACAAACACUUUGCAACUUAAUUUCUCUUUCCAAGGAAGGUGGUCUAAAAGAAUAAUAAAAAAAGUGUGUAGCUGUAUUUCCGAAUGAUUGUUUUAGUGAGUGAAUUGAAGAAAUGGAAGUCUUGUGCUGUUAUUACUGAAUGGCCAGACCCCUCGAUGUGAUUCAGCAGUAGCACCAACCUGGUAGUUUAGUAUUUGCUUUAUGUAUUAGUUUAGCAGUUGUGCACGACAAGCACUGCACGAAAGAAAAAGAAAAAAAAACUGUGCAACUAUUCUGAUUUUACCACAAUUAAAGGUUUGGAUUUGCAGAUGUGA